GUUUUGUCACUGGCUUCACAACAAGAACAUCGUAUCAUGUUCGAAUUGUCCAAACGCAAUUGGUGAGUUUUGUGCUGAUUGUAAAGUUUCUUCGUAGUUAAAUCGCCCUGCACAAUCAUAUCAUUUGGAUAUAUAAUGUUAUCUAUUCCAUAAUCAAAAGUGUAUUCUACAACGAAAGACCGAAGAAUAUUACUCACAAUCCAAGAACAGUGACCGCAACACUAUUUUAUAGCUGAAUUUUUAUUUUGAGAUCAAGUUGUUCUCCAUUGUUUUAAUUUCGUUUUUCUUUCUGCUCGGAUUUUGUACCAAGUUCACAGUUUUGUUUUGUACAUACGGAAAAAAAGCAAUAUGUUUCGAAAAUUCGCUGUAUCAUUAAAUAAUUUUAGAUUUGUAUGCAAUCCAGUCGUGUUACCGAUACAAAGUCGAUUCAAUUCCAGUCAUGUUGAGUGUAACGAUACACCAAAAAUUUUGAUAACUGGUGGUUUGGGUCAAUUGGGGAUUGAAUGUGCAAAGUUAUUAAGAGGAAAAUACGGAGCAGAUUCGGUAAUUUUAUCAGAUAUUAUAAAGCCAACACGAACAUUGACACAAGGUGGACCGUACAUAUUUGCUGAUAUCCUAGACUUUAAAGGUCUUCAAAAAACCGUUGUCGAUCAUCGCAUCGACUGGAUAAUCCAUUUUUCGGCACUGUUGAGCGCAAUUGGGGAACAAAAUGUUCCGUUGGCUGUUAGAGUCAAUAUUGAAGGAGUACAUAAUGUCAUUGAAUUGGCCAAGCAAUACAAUUUACGUAUAUUCGUGCCGAGUACGAUUGGUGCAUUUGGGCCAGACAGCCCUCGGAAUCCAACGCCUAAUAUUACUAUCCAACGACCACGAACCAUAUACGGUGUAAGCAAGGUACACGCUGAGCUAAUUGGCGAAUAUUAUCAUCACAAAUUUGGCUUGGAUUUUCGUUGCUUACGCUUUCCAGGUGUUAUCAGUAGCGAUCCUCCGGGUGGAGGAACGACUGACUAUGCCGUUGCAAUAUUUCAUGAGGCGCUUCGCAAUGGACACUAUCAAUGUUACUUGAAACCUAACACUCGUCUGCCAAUGAUGUACAUCGAAGAUUGCCUACGCUCCUUCUUGGAAUUUAUGACUGCACCGAAUGAAUGUUUGCAACGUCGAGUGUACAAUGUUACAGCUAUGUCAUUCACGCCCGAAGAAUUGGUGGAAAAACUCUAUAAGUACGUACCUGAAUUACGAGUAACAUAUAAACCUGACAGCCGGCAAAACAUCGCCGACUCAUGGCCUCAAGUCUUUGAUGAUUCAGAUGCUCGUCGCGAUUGGAAUUGGUGUCCAAAGUAUGAUUUAGACAAGCUGGUCGACCAAAUGGUUAAAGAUGUUACGAAAAACUACACGAGUAGAGAUGAAAAUGGAGGCAAAUCCAGGGGUUAGACACCAGUUUCUAGCAUAGCUAGUUUGUUCAAAUCGGUUCAAAUAUGCGUUCAAUUUCUUCUAGUUUUUCUAGUAUACAAGCAGAAUUUUAAAUAUUCUGCUAGUAUUUCUAGUAUCUACCAUUGCUUCUUCCAUAAGUAUAGUAUUGCCAAUGCAUUUCUUAUGGAAGGAUUAACGGGACUUUUUAUAAACAAAACAUUUGAACUCCAUAAGCAAAGCAUUGGCAAUAUAUUUUAAAUGGAAGAAUUUGUCCAUAUAAAAACCACUGGCAAUGCUAUUCUUAUGGAAGAGAGAUCACUCAAUUUUUUUUCACAAAUAUUCUUCUAUUAACUUCUAGUAUGCUCAAUUUUUGCUAGUUUUCUUCUAGUGUUAUUUCGUGUCUACCCCCUAGAGGCAAAUGAUUGUGCAAUAGACACAAAUUGCAUGAGGUUUUGAAAAUGCUAACUCAAAUUGUCCAAAAAAAAUGUCUUAGGCCUAAAAGAACAUAUCUGUCGAUAUCUCCAUCAAACUUGGAAAGAUAACCAUAAAAACGUCAAAAUGUGCCAGCACCAAGUGUUAUUGUAUUGAGCUGAAAAGGCACAUCACAGACAUGCUUUUUUGAACCCGAAAAAAAACGUCUUGGGAGUUAGCAUUUUUGAAACUUCAUGCAAUUUAAGCCAGUCUAUUUUGCAAGCUAUAAAUGCUGACAAAAUUAGUAAAAUCAUGAACCGUUUUUUUUCUCCUAUAUUUGAAUUGUUAAAAAAACAUGAACUUAUCAUCUUUCUGAAUGAAAAAAGUGUUGCAAUUACUUUCAAAAA